AACAACUAGGGAACCGUGUCGUUAUCUGGGUGACACGCGGUUUACAGACGUACUCUCAGUCGAUCGGACAUGGAGCGUUGGAGCGGCCGUGUAGCGCUGGUGACCGGCGCGUCUGUGGGGAUCGGGAACGCCACAGCUCGUGCACUGGUCCAGCACGGCAUGAAGGUGGUGGGGUGUGCGCGGGACGUCGACAAAAUACGGGAAACAGCAGCCGAGCUGCAGCAGGCAGGUGCUGUAGGACAGCUGUAUCCUGUCAAAUGUGACCUGACAGUGGAGGCUGAGAUCAGAGCCAUGUUUGACGACAUCCAGUCCCAACAUGGCGGCGUGGACGUCUGUAUCAACAACGCCGGUGUGGCCACCAAGGACCGGAUCCUGUCCGGGAGUAUGGAGGCGUUCAGGAUGAUGACAGAUGUGAACAUACUGGCGCCCACCCUCUGUACCCAGCUGGCUGUACAGCAGAUGAGGAAGAGAGGAGUGGACGAUGGGCACAUCAUCACCUUAAACAGCAUGUCUGGCCACCGUGUUGGUGGGCUUGCGUUCUAUUCCAUGACGAAGUUUGCCAUCAAGGCUUUCAAUGACGGUCUGAGGAUGGAGUUGAAAGACAUGAAAUCACACAUCAGAACUACGUGCAUCUCUCCCGGACGUGUAGAGACAGAGUUCAUUCCUCGCAUAUAUGAAGACGAUCCACAGAAGGCUCAAGAUCUACACGCCGCCAUGGAAUGUCUGCAAGCCAAGGACAUUGCUGAUACAGUCCUGUAUGUUUUGGGUGCCCCACCACAUGUGGAGGUUCAUGAGGUGAUGGUACGGCCGACAGAGCAGAAAUACUAGGAACUGAAGUGACUCUGCUGUAUGAAUAUGGUGGUAACUGCGCAUGCUGAUGAGCAUUACAUCUAGCUUUUGUUUAAAAAACACAAUUAAUUUUUAUUAGCCCUUAGUUCAAUAUGGCUGCAACUAAUAGGUGUGUGUUAAUGUUCACUUCGCUUCUUCCUUUUCUCUUGCAGGUACUAAAUGUUCCAAAUCCACGCAGACCUGGCUUCUGCUGCAUCUGCUGCUGCUGCUCUCGUUGAAUGUUAUGUAUCGUGAUGAGUGUAUACAAACACGACACCAGCUUGAACAGCAUGUUGUUCUGUACAAAUGUAUGUUAGAGCUGUGUAGUUGAUUGUGUUGUUUUUAUU